UGUAUCAGUAGAGCAGCGCUUUCCCCUGCACAUGCAGAGCGCACAUGUAGCUGUGGCUUUACUGAACAUAUACCGCGGUCGAAUAAGCGCAUCAAAAUCCCCUCAGCUCCAGAUCUCCGCCAAUGAAAAUGCAGGAAAGCGUGAAGGCGAGAGAGUGAGAGAGAGGACUCCGCGAAAUACAAAGAGUGAGCAAAAUCCCAGUACACAAGUUGGAACGAACGGAAAGGCGGUCACAAUUCCUACUCACCUGCAAACGUGAUUGGUAUGGGUGUUUGUAUCAGUGGGUGUGUAUGUCAUGCCUGACACUCCCGGAUAUGCCGACUCGACUGGCUUUGAAUUCAUGAGAAUCGUCUAAUCUGUGCUUGUGCAACAUCACAAGCGCUCGAGUCGAGGCGCACUAUCCAGUGAGCAGAAGGCGUCCAGGUGUCUUCGAGGAGACCAGCCUAUCACCUCUGUCAGGGAAGAACUGGGCACUGCGAGAAACAUCUGUCUACACUUUAACGGGGGAAAAACCACACGCACUGGACAUUUCCAUCACUGCUUCCCAUUUGUGCGCUCCAUGGAGCAGGUGUUUUACGCAAAAAGUGUUUCUUGACCUUCUCACCUGUCUUCAAAAGACUUUUGCACCAGUCUAGUUUUAGACACAGACCUCUGCUUCAAGUUUGUUUAAAGUCGUCAACAUCAACCAGAGAAAUGGAUAACAGCCCUGGUGGAGGAGGUGGAGGCGUCAUCCUGUAUGCAGGCUCCUCUGGCAGUGCCAGUCCCAGCCCUGGCAGCCCCUCCAGCGGGUACCAGACACAAUCUCCUUCUUCACACUCCCAGCCCUCAUCUCCAGAGGAGGUUACUUUCACAGAGAUUGGGGUGCUGAAACAGAGGGCAGCUGCAUGCACCACCCCAUCCUCCAAACUGGUAUUCCAGUUCCCAGAGGUCUACAAUCGCCCCUCUGUAGCAGCCACUCCACAGCAUACCUAUGCACACCCCAUCACAGGAAAGAGGCCAUGCGGGCUCCCAGGAACUUUCACCAAGACAGGUGGAAUGGUCCUGCUUUGCAAAGUCUGUGGAGACAUCGCGUCUGGGUUUCACUACGGAGUCCAUGCAUGUGAAGGUUGCAAGGGUUUUUUCCGUCGCAGCAUCCAGCAGAACAUCAACUACAAGAUGUGUGUGAAGAAUGAGAACUGCCUGAUCAUGCGCAUGAACCGCAACAGGUGCCAGCACUGCCGCUUCAAGAAAUGCCUCUCUGUUGGCAUGUCAAGAGAUGCUGUGCGUUUUGGCCGCAUCCCUAAGAGAGAGAAGCAGCGCCUUCUGGAUGAGAUGCAGAGCUACAUGAACAGCCUAAAUGAGUCGGCUGCCUUGGACAUGGACUCACCUUCAGUGAGAGACACUCCCCCCAGUCCAGAAGAUGGCAAUUCAAAAGAGGCCAUUGGGGCCAUCUCCAGAGCCUAUCGUGACAUCUUCACCAGCAACCGCAGCAGCAGCAGCCGAGAGAGAGCAGCCAAGAGCAUCAGCACCAACAACAACAACAUAACUCCUUUUUCUCAGGAUGCAAAUUUUCCACAAGUUUCAUUUCACCCCACCUCAGCCCAGAAUUAUCAGUCUUGUCCUGCUGCCACUCUAUACCCCAUGAGCCCUAAUAACAGCCAACCUACAUUCCACAAUGUGGACAACAAUCGUUGCACCUACUUAGUGUCCACAAAUCAGAAUCGUAACCAGUCUAACAGUACAACACCUCAAAGGGACAGCCCUGCCGGUCAAAACUGUUUUCAUAAUGCAGGAAGUGCCACAGAUCAGCCUACCCGCCAAUGGAAAUUAGCUCCAGGAGCUAAAGUACUGGCCUGUCCUCUAAAUGCAUGCCCUUUAUCAGGGGCAGAGCGUACAAGUCAGGAGAUCUGGGAAUCCUUCUCUCAAUGUUUCACUCCUGCUGUCAAGGAGGUGGUAGAUUUUGCCAAGGGCAUCCCAGGAUUUCAAGAGCUUAGUCAACAAGACCAGGUCAUGCUGCUCAAAUCAGGCACCUUUCAGGUUCUGAUGGUGAGGUUUUGCAGCUUGUUCAAUGCUAAAGAACGUAUGGUGACCUUCUUAAAUGGCCAAACUUAUCCCCUCUCCACCCUGCGGGCUUUGGGCAUGGGCUCUCUGCUGGAUGCAGUGUUUGAGUUCAGCGAGAAGUUGGGCUCCCUGGGGCUAGAGCCUGAUGAAAUGGCCCUCUUCAUGGCUGUUGUGCUGGUCUCUGCAGAUCGCUCUGGCAUCUCGGACAUGCUGGCUGUAGAGCAGCUCCAGGAGGGUCUGAUUCGUGCUCUACGGUCACUGAUCACCCGGCGUCGCCCAGAUGACACCACCCUCUUCCCCAAACUCCUCCUGCGCCUGCCAGACCUGUGCACCCUCAACAAUCUGCACUCUGACAAAUUGUUGGCCUUUCGUAUUGAUCCUUGAGCAAGCUACUUGUCCACAGAACGCGCAAACUAUUUUAGACAGAAAUACACAAUAGAGCACACACACAUUCUCUUCCAAGGAACUGUGCAAUCUGAGGAGUGUUGUUAGAGGGAUAAAUGAGGACAGUAGUGAGCACAUUUUGGAUUCACUAUUGAUCUUCAUGGCCUGUUUUUGAGACAAAUACACAUACAUUUGCAAACUGUUCUAUACUCAUUAACCUCAACACCUCUUGAGAGACACUGUUGCAGAAAAAAGAAAUUGUGUAGAGUUACUGUUACCAUUUUGGACAGAUCAUUUGUGUGUUUGCUCAUGAUAUCCACAGUACUUCAGAAUAAAAGCCAAUUCACUUCUGUUUAUUCCUUCACUUGUACAGAAUCAACAGGCCAUCACUAAGCAGCACCUGAAAGAUGGAUAUUGUUGAUCCAAACAGUUAUUAUUUAGGGACAGUUAUUGAUGAUUGACCAAGUUGAUUUAUGUUGAAGAGAGAAGGAACCUGUAAAUAAUGCAUACUGAAAUCUGAAAUAUUAAGGUAAUUGUGCAUCACUGUUUCACAGACAUACCAUCUGUAUUAGUAAUAGAAUGAGACCACUAUUUUAAUUUGUCACUUGUACACAGUAGGAUGCAUUCUGUCUUACUAUUUUGCCUAAUCUUCCAGAAAACAUUUGGCACAGCUUGGGUUUGAAUAUGUCAUCUUCAUAGUCAAGGGCAUUUUAUAUGACUCCACAAAAACAGGUCUGCAUAUAUCAUAUAUUGGGUUUUGUUGUUUAUUUUUGUUGCUGUAAAUAUGAUAUUACUCCAAUGUCAAUGUAUCAAUGACUGAAGUGAUAUAAUGGAUCGGACAGAUAUGUUUGGUGUAAAGGAGAAUAUAUUACCCUUCCUAUACUAGAUGGAGGUUUGGCCAUGCCAAGGGGGCAUUUAGUAGGGCAUACUAUAUGUAGUAGGGAUUCUCAGAUGACUUAGACACACUUCCUGCUAUCCAAUGAUGUAACCAACCAGCAUAAUCCCUGAAAUCACCAGCACCCCUCCCAUCACCAUGCACCCAUCCUUUGCCCCCAAUGUUUGUCAUACAAACACAAGAAGUUUUUGUUUUGGGUGAGAGAUCUUGUUUGAUUGGUCCUCUCACUGUUUGAUAAUGGGUAAUUACACAUCUUGUAUAUUUUGUAAAUCUUUCUUCCUAUAUAGAAAUGAUAGAAUGAUAUAAAGUUCAAAUUAUGUAUUACUCUGCUCGCUGUCAUUGUUUUGUGUCAAAUUAGGCAGUAAAUGAACAGCAAAGAACACAAGCUGUGUAUUUAGGCCUACAUAGAUCGCAUACAACUGAAAAUUACAUGUUUUACAAUUACAAGAUUAUACUCUGUGUGCAGCUAGUGUGCAUGAUAGAGUACUUAUAAGGAUGAGCGUGUCCAUAGACAGUAUAUAGUUCAUUGCCAUUGUAUACACACAAUGU